CUCUCAUUUAUCAUCACUUUGCUAUGGCCAGCUGUGCAAGUUGGAAUUGUGAUGCACACGAAUAAAAAAAAUAAAAGAUCUAAUAUGGUAGCCGUCGUGUUCUGCCUCCCGACGGUUCACUUUACAAGUUCUUUGUAUUUGAAGUUACAAGGUUAAAAAAAUUAUUUGUUACGUAGCAUGAGAAAUUGUUGGCCCUAUCAAAUAUGAAAAUUCGGUUAAAACCAGCGUGAUUUCCGUGAAAUUUUAUCUGUGGAGACCUGAAGGACAACUCAGUUCAGAAAAAUAAAAGCUAAUCAGAAAGAGUGUCACGCGGAAAAUGAAAAAUUGUUCGUUUAUCAAUUAAAAAUAUUCCAGAUCAGUCAUCCGGAAUCUAAAUUAAUAUUAAUUAAUAAGCUUGAAACGUAUCAUUAAUUAUGGAAAACGACGUUUUGAAACGUGACGAGAAGUCUCCGAACGUCGAAGAUCAGACCUUGACGGAGUGUGAAGUACCUGACAUUUCGACUCUUCAUAUAAAAUCACGACUGAGUCCGCAAACAAUUUGUGAAAACACCGAGGAACCACGUGCAAAUGGCCUACAACAAAUCAAUGGAGUUUAUGGCUCUCCCAAACUCAAUUUUGAUUCACCAGACACGCCUCGGACUGUGGACACUAGUCGUUUGAGUCAACUACAUGAAACGGAAACCACGUGCAGAGAAAAUGAGGAUAGUGACAUAAUCUAUGUUAGCUAUAGUAGCGAAUUACAAAUGCCAGACAUUAUGAAACUUAUUCAGAAGGAUUUGAGCGAGCCCUAUUCAAUUUACACGUAUAGAUAUUUCAUUCAUAAUUGGCCGAAAUUGUGUUUCUUGGCAAUGCACGGAGAAGAAUGCAUUGGAGCAAUCGUCUGCAAGCUUGAUAUCCACAGAAAAGUGAUAAAACGUGGUUAUAUCGCAAUGUUAGCUGUCGAUGUUAACUACAGAAAGCGCAAGAUUGGUUCCAGCUUGGUGCGUAGAGCAAUACGUGCUAUGGUUGAAGAUGAUGCUGAUGAAGUUGUACUGGAAACUGAAAUAACCAACAGGCCGGCAUUAAGAUUGUACGAGAAUCUUGGAUUCGUUAGAGAUAAAAGACUGUUUCGUUACUAUCUCAACGGUGUUGAUGCGUUAAGACUGAAGCUAUGGCUCAGAUGAAAUUCAUCCGUGUGUUCGUGUCAAUCAGUUAGACUUUGAAUGAUUAGCUUUGAUUUGGUAUGACAUUCUGAAUAAGGGAGGGGGGUCUUCGGAAACAUUGUCAACUUUCAUAUAAUUGUUGGGAACAAUAUGUUUUCUGUGGAGGACUUCCUACAUAUGUUUGUGGAGUUACUUCGUCGGAACACGAUUCCGAAAAAAAAAAUCAGAGAAAUCAGUUUUGAGCUGGGCUGUACUGAAAAGAAUUUAAAAUAUGAAUGCAGAAGAUCCAUUAAGUGGGUAGGCAACUUAUAAUGCUUAUGAAUGCUAUAAGUUGAAAGUAACAUGAAUUAAAGUCCCCUAUGACUUGGUGAAAGAUUGUGGCUAUGAGAGCUAUCACAGAAUCCAUAGAUUUCCGGAAAUACUGUUAUGACACAGCCUAUGUCUUAUGCUGAUUGAUGAAACAACAGCUCAAAAUUCACGAACAGAAUGAUGCGACUCAGUAAAAAAUUUCUGAGAGAACCUUUUGGAAAUUUCGAGGUUCACAAGAUCACAUGCGUUGGAGGAAAGGAAGUGUUUGAAGGAGCUCAUCCAUUCAUUACUGUCUAUGUAAUAUAUUCUUUGCAAAAAGUAAUUAAAUUGAAGACCAUUGGAACAGCGGAAAUAUCGUAAUGUAAUAAAAAUGAUGUCUAAAACUAAUAAAAAGCUAAACUGUUUUUAUCCA